ACACAUCACACUGUGAAUACCGCUUCCUCCUCAUUUCUAUCUUCCUACUUACUCCAACAGGGCCAUACUAAGAGGCUCCAACAAAGAAAUUGUUUUACUUGACAGAUAAAUAACUUUUGGGGGGAAUUUUCACUAUCUUUCUCUCUGAGUACACUCCACUACUCUACGAGCGCCUUUUUCCUGCGAUUUUGUAGAUUUCUUGUAACCAUGUCGACGGCUAUAGAGGCAGUUGGCUUCUUCAUGAGUGUGGCCAGUUGGCUGAUCACUGGGACAUCUUUGGCCAAUGACUACUGGAAGGUGUCCUCUUUCUCCGGCAGUGUGAUCAUCUCCAACCGGCAGUAUGAGAACCUGUGGCACUCCUGCGCCGAGGACAGCACGGGGGUGGCAAACUGCAGAGACUUUGAGUCCAUGUUGGCACUGCCAGGUUACAUCCAGGCAUGCCGAGCUCUGAUGGUGGUCUCCCUGCUCUUGAGCCUGGUCGCCAUGAUUGUGUCUGUGAUGGGACUCAAGUGCAUUAAGCUGGGCAACACCACGGAGCCGGGCAAGGCCAAGAUUGCCGUCUCAGGGGGCACCCUCUUCCUUCUGGCUGGGGUAUGCACUAUGGUGGCAGUCAGCUGGUAUGCUUCUCGUGUUGUGGAGGACUUCAGCAACCCUUUCUUUGGAGGCAUCAAGUUUGAGCCGGGCGCUGGCCUGUAUAUUGGCUGGGCAGGAGGCAUCCUGGCCAUAAUCGGGGGAGCCAUUAUGUGCUGUGCCUGCAAGAGAGUGUCUGCAGGAGGUACUGGAGGCUACCCUGGACAGGCGGCAAAGAUCUACAAGGCAACCCCUGUGUCGGAGAGUGGGACCGCCAGGAACUAUGUCUGAGGCGUCAUGUUGACAUUCGCACCACUUCCUCUGCCCUUGUUACUACCAUUUGUUUUAGCUCUGCAAAUGUAAACUACUCACUUCUGCUUUGAGUUAAAAUGUAGAAGUUGAAUCCAAAAAAGGGAGUGCCUUGUAAAGCCAAAUUGAUUAGGCAUGUUUGUCUGCAUUGCUUUAGAAUAGAAGUUUUCCAAAAGACGGUAAUUAAGUAGUUGUUUUUAUUGUCGUGGAUCUAUGCUUUUUUUUUAAACUGUAACGCAUUUUUGACCACAAAAGUUCAUUUGUUACUAAUUGCUAACUGAUUUGAACCAUUGGUUUAAGCCAUUUCAGUGAAAUAAAGUCUUUUUCAUACA